UUUGACGGGUGAAAGUUGAACAGAUGAGAGAAACAGAGGAGGUGUGUAAUUCUCAUCCUUACUGUUGUUAUAAGAAGGGCUUCCAGUUUUUGUAAGUGGACGGCAAAAGCAACAUUCAGAGAUGAGUCUGACUGCUAUUCUGUCAGAGAUCGACGGUGGAGAUGACAAGGGAGUUGAAAAGCUUUUGCAGAAGUAUAACAUAGAGAACAGCCACACGUUUGCCUUUGACCACAAAGAGGAGGAUGCACGAAUUAAACUGUGUCAGGGUCUUCUUACAGUCCUUCGUCGGUCAGAUCUUCCACUUUGCCAAAGCACCUGCCUGGAGACCCUGCGCAUCCUGUCCAGGGACAAGCGUGUACUUGGACCCGUAGCCACCAAAGAUGGCAUCCUCACUCUUGUAGGACUGGCCCGGAUCCGUGUGGCGGGACACAACGGAGAGCCGCUAGAGGAGGCACGGUCAGCAGAGGAGGAGAGGGUUGUGGUGGAAGCCCUCAAGUGUCUGUGCAAUGUAGUGUUUAACAGCGCCCCGGCACAGCAGGUGGGCGCUGAUGUGAAGUUAGCGGAGGGCCUGUGUGCCCGCUUGCAUUCGGUCAGCGCGUCCCAUCAUGAGGUGGGCCUGUUCUCUCUCCGGCUGCUGUUUUUGCUUUCCGCCCUGCGGACAGAUGUGCGUGGCAAGCUUCAGAAGGAGGUGGGCGCCGUGAGGCUGCUCACUGACAUACUGGAACGCACCCUUGACGUCUGUUGGGUGGGGCCAUAUGAGGCCGCGCCCCCUAAACCAGAAGUUCUGCCUAUUUCUUUAGAAAACAACGAGCUAGCCAUGGAAGCCCUCAAAGCGCUGUUCAACAUCACAAUGUCUGAUUCCAGCGAUGAGGACAAUGACCACCAGCUUCGGCUGAUUGCAGGCAUCAUGAGACAUCUAUUAAUGCUCAAGACGCACACCGAAGAUAAAACCGAGGAAGCUCACAGUCAUACCAUAAAUCUCCUGAGUAACCUUCCCGUGCGAUGCCUGGAUGUUCUGAUAGACGUCCCUGUCCAAGGUGGGAUGGAAAUGUAUGGUGGGAAAAACAUGGACAUAGUGCAGAUACUGCUAGAUUUUAUGGAAAAAAGGAUAGACAAGGGGACCAACUAUAAAGAAGGCUUGACACCUGUGCUAAGUCUGAUGACCGAGAGCUCUAGAUACCACAGGGAAAUCCGCAGAUACCUCAAGGCCAAGGUGCUGCCUCCCCUGAAGGAUGUGAAGGAAAGGCCAGAAAUCGGCUGCACUGUUAGAAACAAACUGGUGCGUCUCAUGACACACAUAGAUAUGGCAGUGAAACAGGGGGCCGCUGAGUUUCUCUUUGUUCUCUGCAAGGAAAGUGUGGAUAAUCUGUUGAAGUACACUGGUUAUGGUAAUGCUGCGGGACUGUUGAUGGCACGAGGGUUGCUGGCCGGAGGUAGAGGAGAGACGCAGUACUCAUCUGAUGAAGACUCUGACACUGAGGAGUACAAGUCAGCCAAACCUAUUAACCCCAUCACAGGCCACAUAGAGCACCCAAUGCCAAACCCUAUGGAUGAGAUGACAGAAGAGCAGAAGGAAUAUGAAGCUCAGAAGCUUGUCAGUAUGAUUGAUGAAUUAUCAAGGAAGGAACUGAUCAGACCAAUGGGAGUGAGGAAGGAUGGCACUCUAGCGCCCCUAGGACAAGCCAUCCAUGAGUGCAGCCCUCCACCCAGCAGCGACUCCGACUCAGACUAGCAGGAGUUUAGUGCACUCAAACAAACCUUCUAGGCACUGCUGUCGCUGGCUGACCACCACUGUCUUACCAACUCUCCCUUGCACGAGGGAUAGUUCAGUUAUUUCCUGAUGAGGUUCUUUUGUUGCACAAAGGCAUGUCUUUUUAAUUGGGACAUGUAUGGCAAACUAUAGAGUGAGCAGAGAGAGAGAGGAAGCAGAAAUGUUUAAAUAGAUUAAACGGUUGUUACCGGACAUCAGAUAUAAUUACAGUGAUUGUAUAAGAUGGAACUGUUAAGUAGAAAGUUACACAACAUAUUCACUGUCUUUCAUAUUCACAAUGUCUUUUGAAAUGUUAUAUGCCAAGACAAGCCAUGAGAUCACUUAUGUUAAUAAUUUGUCUUGCACUUUUUUUUUUUUUUUUUUUGCAAAAUGUGCAUUUAACUUUUUUUCCACCACUUUUGCCUGGAGUUUAAACGAGUGUCUUUUCUAAUGUUUUGUUUUCAGUCUCUCUCUCUAUAUAUAUAUAUAUAUAUAUAUUUUUUUUUUUUUUCUCGACGUUAUUGGAGGUGUCACUUUCUUCUUUUUCUAUUGAAUGUUAAGUUUUUACACAAAACAAAGGAUGUAAUUAAAUUGAAUUUUUUUUUUUAAGUGUUCUUGGAUCAUUGAUUCAGAAGCUUGUGAAUAUUUCACAAGGCCCAGUGCUCAUCUUCUAUAACCACUGUAAACCGUUUUUAAUUUCCUCCGAUUUUUGCAUUUCAGUUUCAUUUCAGACAAUCAUUUGAAAUAAAUAGAAAACAAAAGUAGCAA